AUAAACUUUCUCUUAAGCUGAAGGAAAAAUUAAUAAACGAGAGAAGGGAAAAGUGAAAACGCUGCGCAGGGGAAGUAGUGAGCAGAGCCAUAGCAAGACAAGAGUCCGAGCAUUGAGGUUUUAGCAAUUCCAAAUAGUCCUCGCCAAGAGAAAAUCAUGGCGGAAGGAUACUGGAAUCGACAACAGGCGUCUCUAAUCCCUUCCGGUCCCAUUCUUAAACGACCCCGUUCUGAUUACGAUCUUCCCCAGUCUGGGAUGUCUUCACAUCAUGAGAUGCAUAGUUAUUUAUCAAGAGAUGAUGAUCAUGGUGAGCCACGGUCUAUAAAUGAUACAAGAACUAUUGGAUCAGCAUAUGAUCGAUAUCUCCAGAGUGCGCAAUAUCCUUCUUUUCCUUCUGGAGAAGCCAGUGCACUAGGAGUUAGGUCAGGAAGGGCUCUUAGUGGUGGAUUGGGCAGUAUUUCAGUUGUUGAUUCUGGUGUGACUGGACAUCCUGGAGCCAUUGGUCGAGAUAUGGUGUCAAACGGUCGCAGUAGGAAUUUAGAUGAUGGUCUCUCAGUGGAGACUAUGACCAGGCUAGGCCAUGAAACAUUACCAUUACCUCCUGAUGCAUCCAACACUCUGUAUGUUGAGGGAUUUCCUCCAGACACCACAAGGAGAGAAGUAGCACAUAUUUUUCGACCUUUUGUGGGAUAUAAAGAAGUGAGACUUGUGAGCAAAGGAUCCAAGCAGCGUGGUGGAGACCCUCUUAUUCUUUGUUUUGUUGAUUUUGCAAGUCCAGCCUGUGCAGCUACGGCUAUGAGUGCCUUGCAAGGCUAUAAGAUGGACGAAGAUGAUCCUGAUUCUAGAUACUUGCGACUGCAGUUUUCUCGGUACCCAGGCCAAAGGUCUGGUUCUGGAACUCGUGGAAGGAGGUGAAUAGUACCUUGUGGAGAUUCCUUGGUUUGACUUUGGGGGUACACUUUGCAUAUAUGUAUGUAUGUCUUCCUUGUAGCAGUAUGCCCAUUGUGGUUAAACUCUUUCUGAAACUUGUAAUUUAAGUAGUUUAAUCCUUCUGCCGCAACCAAAUUAUGAGCAUUUGCGGUGCACAAAAUAUUUAGAGAUGAGGCCGAGAAGAAUUUACAGUUUAAUCAUGCGAUCAAAGCAGUAGAAACUUUGAUCUUUUGACUUUGACAUCAAUAUAGCAUAUUUAUUUGCA